AUGAUGAUGAAUCUUAGAAAAUAAACUAGAGAAACUAAAGUUUAUGCAAAAGUAUCAGUAUUUUGCCUUCAAUAGAAUAAUCAUAAUUAUCAUAAUAAUUUACUUACUCCUAACUAAUAAUCUAAAAUAGAUUUAAAACAAAAUUAAAGCAAAUAAAUUUAUAGUCUUUCACAAAAUAAAAUAGAUUAAAAAAAUGAAAUAAUUCAUACAAAUGAAAGUAACUAAGAGAUUGUAUAUAGAAAUACUAUAAAGAUAAAGGAUAAAAAUACUUUAAAUUUUAACCAGUGAAAUAUAAAUAAUAGUUAAAAUUAUAAAAUCUAUAGAGAUUUGAUAUUGCAAUAAAGCAAGAAAAUUCAAGUAUUAUUGUAGUUUAAAUGAUGAUUGAACAAAAUUAUAAUGAUGAAUUAAAAGAUUAUUAAAAAAAAAAUCAAAAUUUUUCGCUUAAUUUUAGGAAUACAUUAGUAAAUAAAUAGAUUUUGAUUGUUGCUUAAUCAGGAAUAAAGAAUUAGUAUAGUAUAUGAUAGAUUAAAAUGUUAAAUAUUAUGAUGUAAUUUUAUACUUUAAAUAUAGCUAAAGGGGAACACAUUAAUUCAUUAUGCAAUUGUAUAUUUACUUUAUGAUAUUGCUGAUCUAUUACUAUUAAAUGGAGCAAAUCCAUAGAUUAAAAAUAGAAAUGAAUCAAAUUCAUGAAACUAGAAUAAAAAAUUACUUUAAAAUUUAAUGA